CCGCCUCGCCUCCCGAGCCACAUCGUCCCGAUCGCCACCGCCGGAGAACCCAAGAAUUGCCCGUGAGGUCGGGCUUGCCGCCGAACCUUCGUGGCGACGCUAUUCACCUGGUAGAGAUCGGAAGCCAUUCAUUGUUUGAUCCCUUAUCUGAUGGCAAACGAGUGUAAAGGAAUCUAGCGAUCGUGUCAUCUUUUGGUUCGGACCUGAGCGGUCGUCUUCCUCGAUGAGUCCUCGUUCGUGAUCUUGGUCGUUUUUCUUCCGACUCGUAGACGCUUCUUUCCGGUGCCUGAUCUUGUCAUCGAUCUCCGAUUCAGCCGAUUUGGUGUUCGGGGUGUUGCAGUGUCACUAAUUUCCGGGCUUGAAUCAAGGAAGAGAAGUGGUGGUUUGGAUUUUGGUGUAAUCAUGCCGUUUCCGACGAAGAUCCAGCCGAUCGACGUGAGAGGGUUAGUGCGGAGCGAUCAGGCAAAACCCGUGCCCAAAUCACGGCUGAAGCGGCUUUUCGAGCGACAAUUCCCCGGCGUCCUGCGAAUCUCGUCAGUGGAACGGCUGGAUCUGGAGCCGAGCACCGUCUGCCUCGACAAGAUGGUCCGCAGCUUCAUGGAGGACAACAACGGGGAGAAGCCCUCUUCCCGAUGUGGUCACAGCCGCUGUAACUGCUUUCACGGCCACUGUGACGACAGCUCCGACGACGACCUCGACUUUAUCUCCUCCUCCAACAGCGGCGACGCUCCGAUCGUCUCCGCCGCCGAAGUCAUCAAGGGUUUGGUGGUUUGCACGACCGUCUCGGAGAGGAAUCUCCUUGCCGAUGCGUCCACCGUCGUGGAGAGGAGCAAGAAUUUCAAGAGAAAGAACGAGCAUAUGAAGGCCGUCACCGAUGGACUCCGAUCGCUCGGUUACGACGCCUCCCUGUGCAAGUCGCGGUGGGAGAAGACCGCCUCCAUCCCGGCCGGCGAACAUGAGUACAUCGACGUCAUCAUCGUCGGCGAGCGGCUGCUGGUGGACGUGGACUUCAGGUCGGAGUUCCAGAUCGCGCGGUCGACGAAGAGCUACGCCGCCGUGCUCCAGUCCCUGCCGUCCGUCUUCGUCGGGAAGGAGGACCGAGUCAGCCAGAUCGUCGCAGUGGUCUCGGAGGCUGCACGGCUGAGCCUGAAAAAGAAGGGCCUCUACUUCCCUCCGUGGCGGAAGCCGGAGUACAUCCGCUCCAAAUGGCUCGCUCCCUACGAGCGAUCGACUACCCCGGCGGACCAUGAGCAAGCAGCGGAAGCAGUGGAAGAGACUCGCGCGUCGGAAGAGAAGGCCAAGACCGAGAACCCACGCGGCGACGCUUCAACGACUGACGAACCCGGCGAAGCAGAGGGGAAGAGCGCGAUGGUGACGGACCCCACGCAACCAACGGAGGCAGUAAAAGAGACUGGCGCAUCGGAAGAGAAAGCCCAGACCGAGAACUCGAGCGGCGACGCCUUCCCAUCGACCGACGAACCCAUAGAGGCAGCAGAGGGGAAGAGCACGGUGGCGGCCGCGUCGGCGCCACCGACGUGGGAGCUGCCGGAAGUGAAGCCCAGGACGCCGCACAAGGGAGCGAAGCUCCUGGAACGGAUCGCAAAGCUUCUCUGCCGGCGUCGGUCCCUGAAAGCGAAACAUCGAGCAACAGGAGGGCGAUACCCUACCAAAAAUAAAGGUUAUGCUCCUUACGCUCCUCUUUUAUAAGCGAAUGCUAUUCUCCCGAUAUGAUCGGUUUCUUCUUUUUUAUGCUCUUAUCCGCUACAUGCAUUCAAACACAAGUUGGACGGGGCGACGGGGGAUGACGACGGCAUGCUCGUGUUCGGCGUGAUUGAGACGACGGACCCACAGGAGCCGCGUGAGCGCAGAUUAACAUGUCGCGUUGUGUUGGACGCUAACGUGGGCCAGUCUUAUCCUGUUCUUCUCGUGAUCCUCGUACCGAAGCAUCCCGUUAACGGCGUCAAGGUCCCAUCGACCGAGGGGAGUACUCAUUUCCACGGAGUCAAUAUUAUAAUGAAUGGAUGGUACCACGAUGCGUGCCGCUUCCUCCCGUCUCUUUCGCCGGUGCUUUGAUUGUGAUCGUCCUACUCUCCUCCUCACAGCCACAAUCAUUGGGCCCCUCUCUCUCUCUCUCUCUCUCUCCCCUCUCUAGAGUCACCGACCGAUCCUAACCAUCAGUCCUCUCGGUCUCAUGACAUCAAUCCAUGAUUUCGAAUGCCCACUUCCUUACCCCAGGCGUCCCAGGAGCUACUGAACAAGAAGCAAAAGCAGCAGGUAGUCAUCAACAGAAUCAAUGCCUUUUCCGUCUCAUCCAUCCAUCCCUCUGGUUCUGCAAUUUGUCAUGUAAGGAGCCAUGGGAAGCACAUCAAUAUCACGGAAUGAGAAACCGACACCUGGUAGUGAAGCCCUUUGUGGGUCAGCUGUCGGCCCGCGAUUCGCUCCCCGGAGUACUGCUGAAGAAAAGGAGACCGGCCUACUCUAUCCUCUACACCACACACAUUCGAAUAAGCGGCGACGUGGCGCGUGAACAUUGGUCGGAUCAUCCGCUGCUGGCCACAUGACCACAUUGGAACACAAAGUCUGUGGGUCUGCAUCCAUUAUUUCUAUUUUCGGAUCCGCUGUCUCGGUCAGAACCGGGAACACGAUUCACCUUCUCGAACAAAAGCUGGGACGGUGGGGCCGACAGUCCACGGAGGCGGAGAGCCCUGUUCCCACACCCGAGAGAGCUCGACUCGUGCAACGAAUCGAGGUGCACCCUAAGUCGCGUCGUGUUCCGUUAAAUUCGGUCACCGACUCCUUUUCGGGCCCAGUUUUUGUACCCACCCAUCUGAAACUACAGUGUGGUGGCUACCUGAACGA